ACCUGCAUUUUUUUUUUAACACUUUCGCUCUCCCUCUCUAUUUUAUCCGUUCCUCUUUGCCUCUAUCUCUGGACCAAUUUCGAGGCGAUCGUGGGUCUCUGUAAGAGGUUUCGAUUCGGAAUCUUUCUUUCGCUCCUCUAAUUUUUCAGCAGCGCUUUGGGGGAAUUCAACCCUCCUUUUCGUUUUCCAGAGACUGAUCUCCAGUGAUGAAGACCAAUACUGAUCAUUAAAUUUUGGAGGCACAAAAGUUAUAUUGCACAUAUGGGACAGAGAAACACAAUGUGCACACAUCAAAUGGUGGAUCUGGAAUCAGAACCAGGCUAUAGUGAUCUUCAUCCUGAUCGCUGCAUUCUUCAAGGCAACAUUCUUGACUACCCAAGCCAGAAUAUACAUCCUUCUCUCUCUGCUUCAGGAAAUGUGGCAGGUCUUGACUGCCAUCAAUUUAUAGACCAUCCUAACAGAAGCAUCUAUUAUGUAAACCAGUAUAAUAAUACUCAAAGUCGUCAUCCAGGUCCAAAUCUUGAUGUAGGUGUUGCUGCUCAUACAAGCUUUUAUCAUCCUUGUAUUUUACCUUCAUUUUCCACUGUCCCUCGGAACACUGCUUCUGCCAAUCACCUGCCACCUUUCAUCAAUCAUCAGGCUAGUGGGAUUAGUGUGGAUGAGCACAGUAGAAGUAAUCAUUUUUCUCAGAGUGUGAGAGGAUCCUGCAAAAGGAAAAAUACAGAAGCAAUUCCAGGAAACUUUUACCAUGCUAAUGGGUCUGCAAGCUCAAGUUUAUCUUCAACAUAUCUCUCCCAAAAUUCUGGAGAGACACAUUGGAAGGAGCCAUAUAGAUCUGGUAUUAAUUUGUUGGAUUCCACAACUUUCAAUCCACCCAAUUAUCAAGUUAGCAGAACUUUACCAAGCCUAGAAGGAUCUUUUAGAAGUGUGAGGAACGGAUCUAGUUCCAUCAGCCUUCCGUCUGAAUAUGCAUUUGUACAUCGUCUUAAUUAUUUACUUCCAGGGAAUCAUAUGGGCCAGUCCUUUCAUCCUGCCAGUAAUGCAUGGGUGGCACAUGUUGGCAAUAACAUUUCUGAUGGAGGAUGUUCCAGUUGGAACUACAGUUACACGAUGCCUGGUUUACAUGGUAGAUCUGUCAGUUCAGAGGCUGUGGAGAUGGCAAAUAUGAGCAUGCAGGGAUACCAGGAAAUCUCAUCCAGUUUGCAUCCUGCAUCUUUACCUUAUUUUCAACAACAUCCACAACCUGCACAAAACAUGCAAGUUCAGAGUCAUAGUCAUACAAGAAUACUGGCUCGUCCUUACCACCAUCCACUUAGCCAUUUGCAACCCAAUAAUCCAAAUCCUUCUAAUAACAGUCUCCAUUCAGGUUCCAGAUUCCCAUUCUUUCCAUCAAAUGCUGAACCAAUCUAUAGGCCUUCUGGGCAGCUAGCCCAGGCAACUCCAGUAGUUAGCCAUGAAAAUGAAAGGAUCCUAGCAUCAGAGGGUCCAGCUUUUGAGGAACUUUCAGGAUUUUUUGGAGCAAGGAAUAUCAUUGAUGAUCAUCGAGAUAUGCAAUUGGACAUAGAUGGCAUGUCUUAUGAGGAACUGCUAGCCUUGGAGGAGCAGAUUGGAGAUGUCAACACCGGCUUAACAGAUGAACUCAUCUUAAAGAAUCUGAAGACAGCCAUGCAUGUUCCACAGAUGUCCUCACUACCAAACCAAUCACUCAGAUUUGCUCCAGAGAACGAUGCUUGUGUCAUAUGCCAGGUGGGAUACGAGGAAAAAGAGAGUGUAGGAAUAUUGGAUUGUGGUCAUAACUACCACGCAGAGUGCAUAAAGCAAUGGUUGUUGGUAAAGAACUUGUGCCCAAUUUGCAAAGCAUCAGCUUUGACCGCAGAUAAAAUAGAUGGAUGAGGAGUUUUGGAGCAGUAUCAUCGAUCUAUAUGCUUAAGAAACUCAUUUAUGUUGAUUUUUGUAUAUAGGGAUGGUGGAAAAUUCUGCCCUCACACCUUUUGAUGGCCCUCUUAGUUGAGAGGGAAAACUUUGAUCCUUGUAAUUCUAUAGAAACAAAAUGAAAUUAUUUUGUCCAAUUGCAGAAUGUUUAUUUCC